AUGAAGGAGCGUUCUUGGGCAGAUGUUGCAAGAGGAUCCGUUCGGCAGCCAGCGUGGUCUUGUCAGCAGCUAUCCUCCCGGGAGCUGGAGUUUAUGCAGGAAAGGUUCUCCGACGAGGUGGUUGAUAUCACGGAGGAGGAGCUGGAGGACGCUCGGGCGGAAUGGCGGAGCACGGCGGUCAUUGUUAGAAGUCUGGGGAGGAUAGUUCCAGGUGAGUGGAUCGCGAGGGAGAUCAAGAGGGUGGGUCGUUUGGACUAUAGUGUGGAGGUCUUCCCGCUGAUGGAUGGGUUCACAGUCCUCCGGUUUGCCAAGGAGGGUGAUCGCGAAGCUGCGGUGAUGAACGGCCCCUGGAUGGUGGCCGGGCAGCUUCUGGCGAUGGAUAGGUGGCGACCGAACUUCGUGCCCGGUGCCAUGGGGGUGGGUAGGGUGGUCGUCUGGCUCCGGCUGCCACGGCUACCAGUCGACUACUGGAGGAAGGAGACUAUCUACAAGAUUGCUGCAAGAGCUGGAAACCCAUUGGCGCUGGAUGGGUUCACGGAGCAGGGGCGGAGGUUUGGUUUCGCAAGGAUCAAAAUAGAGCUCGAUUGCUCUGGUCCCCUUAAACCGGGGACGCUGGUGAGGGGAAGAACCGGAGGUGUCGAGGAGGCUUUUUGGCAAAGCUUCGUCUAUGAGAACCUGCCUGCUCCGUGCUCCAAGUGCGGCCGGAUCGGGCACUCGGCGCCGAAUUGCGGUCGAUUCCCUCCGGUGGUGGGUACGGGGGAGACGGUGGAGACAGGGGGAGGAAGUUGUCUGGCAUAG